CAAGCCACGUGUCUAGGGAAGAAGCGGGGAGCCAGUUUUGCCGAGCAGCCAGAGAGAGGAGCGAGUAGGGUGACCCAAGGCCCAUCUGACUCCACAGCACCUGUCUCCCUGGGGCCAGGCCCACAAGAGGAGGCUGGUGUCCCCACAGGAGGCUUUACCGUGAUAUCAAGAGAGCACGCAGGCACAGAAAUGGGUCUGCUGCAACAGAGGUGCACUGGGCACCUGCUCUGCGCAGUGACCCUCCUGGAGGCUGCAGGGGCCUUGGCCUUAAUGCUUUACGCUCUGCUGUGGGAAGCCGGGAACCUGGUCAACCUCCCCAACAAGCGCGUUGGCUUUUACAACUUCUGCCUGUGGAACGAGACAGCCAGGGAGCUGCAGUGCCUGGAGUACAGGCAUCUGCAGGUGAUGGGCAUCAGCCUACCGGUAAUAGUAAUAGCCAGGGUUUGCGUGUACUCUUGCCUGGUCUUCAGCCUCUUCUACCCCCUUUUUGUUGCACACGUGAAAUGCACGGAGGAGACAGAAGGCUGGAAAAUAAUUCUCAUCAUACUCGUCAUCAAGAUGAUGAUCCUGUCUGGAGGCCUGGGUAUGUUUCUCUUCCAGACCUCACAUUGGAUUCAUCCCUUUGAAUUCACUGGGGGCUUCAUGGCACUGACUGGGACUCAGGCUCUGCAACUGCUCCAGAUUUUCACUGCCACUAUGUACCUCCGCUGGGCCACGCACAGGUAUCCAUGCCAAAGCCCUUUCCCUGAGGAGGCCACGUCCAUUGAGAUUUGAAGGUGGAGAAGAUGCAAGAGCUAUGGAUUGCCUGAUUUAGAAUAAUAAUCACACUACAGCUUUUGUUAACUGGCAGGAAUUAGAUCCUUAGUCCAGGUGCUCAUGCCCAGCCAUGCUCCGACACACAGCUGUGAUUGCCAGCCAGGCAGCUGGCAGCACUCCUGCAGCGAGCAGGUAGCAGGCACCGACACCCACAGCGCAGUGUGGGAGCUUCCUGGGAAUGGCAGCACAUAAAACACACUGCAGCCUGGGGCACUGCACCAGAGCAGCAGCAUUUCUGGCCCUGACCCUGAAGACAGUAAAGGGGACAGAUCAGACUCGGCACAAGGCAGAUAACAUGCAUCUGGCCACAUCUAGCCUGAGCGUAGAUAGCCAGAGAAGCAAAACAGGCUUGCUUUCUUGGAGUUGCCCAAAGAGACUUGGCUGUUUCGCCACCUCCUGGAUAGCCAGGGGCAUCUUAGAAGCAAACAGGAGUGAAGAGCUUUGUCUUCACAUUGCCAUCGCAGUAGUGCAAGCCCCAGGUGUGCCCUGGAAACAUUUCCUUCAGCAGGAGCACCUGCACUUCAUCUGCUGGAAUAAUACGGACUUACAGGGUGGCUGCUGUAGCUCAUUUGGGUGAAGUGGCCCAUGUCCAAUCCCAGCAGCAGCAGGGCACCUGGAAGGGCAGUUUAAUGAUUUGCUGAACACAGCCAUAAUGAGGAAGGCUUCCAUGAGGAAGCAGAGGAUUUUGGUGCAGAUCCCCCGGCUCUCAUUGACACUAUGCGACUGAGCCCAGCACUCUAGCAUCCUCAGAGGCUCCAGCAGAGACCAGUCCUGGGUGAAAGCAGCUGGCCACCGAGCUGCUUGUAACCUCGCAGGAGGCAGCGCUGGCUUUCCACCCUGUCCCCUCUGGGUGCACAAGGGCCCGUCUUCUCAACUCUCCUUCUGCAGGGUCUUGGUGGGACAUGGCUGGUGACACUGGUUUGAUUGAUUCCUCAUUUCAAUAAAGAC